CUAAGCUUGGAGCGCGGGCGUGAAAAGCUGUCUACCGCCUUUUUUUGCCUUGACUCUUCGCUUUCAGUCCUUCUUCCCAUUGUUCUUGCUGUGUGGACUGAACGACUUUCCGAGCAGAACCAACAUACACCAGUUCCUCGUCAAACAACAACGACAGCUGCAAAAAUGGCCGCCAACGGAGUCAAUGGCGCCCACCUGGCUUUGCCACAGAGUCAUCAAGACCUGAUGCAAAAGUCUCUGGUCGAGACCGACCCCGAGAUCGCGUCUAUCAUGACCGACGAGAUCAAGCGUCAACGCGAGUCGAUCCUCCUCAUCGCCUCCGAAAACGUUACUUCCCGCGCCGUCUUCGAUGCUCUUGGGUCACCGAUGAGCAACAAGUACAGCGAAGGCUACCCAGGUGCCCGCUACUACGGUGGAAACGAACACAUUGACCGCAUCGAGCUUACAUGCCAGAAGCGUGCACUCGAGACUUUCCGCCUCGACCCCGCCAAGUGGGGUGUAAACGUGCAAUGUCUGAGUGGCAGCCCUGCGAACUUGCAGGUCUACCAGGCGAUCAUGCGGCCACAUGAUCGUUUGAUGGGUUUGGAUCUGCCUCACGGUGGACAUUUGAGCCACGGAUACCAGACACCUUCGAAGAAGAUCUCCGCCGUGUCAACGUACUUCGAGACAUUCCCAUACAGAGUCAACCUGGAGACGGGUUUGAUCGACUAUGAUCGCCUCGAGGAGAAUGCUCUCAUGUACAGGCCAAAGGUGCUCGUUGCUGGUACUUCAGCGUACUGCCGUGAGAUUGACUACAAGAGAAUGAGGGAAAUCGCGGACAAGGUCGGAGCAUACUUGAUGAUGGAUAUGGCACACAUUUCUGGUCUCGUUGCUGCUGGUGUCAACAAGUCGCCAUUCGAGUACGCCGAUAUUGUCACGACGACUACCCACAAGAGUUUGCGUGGCCCUCGUGGUGCCAUGAUUUUCUUCCGCAAGGGUGUGAGGAAGACUGAGAUCAAGGCUGGCAAGGAAGUGCAGGUUCUCUACGAUCUUGAGGGCCCAAUUAACUUCUCUGUCUUCCCUGGUCACCAGGGUGGCCCACACAACCACACCAUCACUGCUCUUGCUGUUGCACUGAAGCAGGCUCAAACGCCAGAAUUCUUGCAAUACCAGCAGCAGGUCAUCAAGAACGCGAAGCAGCUCGAGAAUUCGUUCAAGGCCAAGGGCUACAGACUGGUGACAGACGGCACAGACAACCACAUGGUUCUCCUUGACCUCAAGCCUCUCGGCCUCGACGGUGCUCGUGUAGAAGCUGUGCUCGAUCAAGUCAACAUUGCUUGCAACAAGAACACCACACCCGGUGACAAGUCCGCUCUCACACCUUGCGGUAUCCGUAUCGGCACGCCAGCCAUGACCAGCAGAGGCAUGGGCGAGGCAGACUUUGACCGAAUUGCGGGCUACAUCGAUCAAUGCAUCAAGCUCGCCACCAAGGUGCAGUCGGAGCUGCCCAAGGACGCCAACAAGCAGAAGGACUUCAAGGCCAAGCUUGCUGGUGGCGCUGCGAACGUCCCUGAGGUUGGCACGCUCAAGGCGGAGAUUGCUGCCUGGGCCAGCACGUUCCCUCUGCCAGUCUAAGCAGUGGUGCGGUUGUAUGCAUAAUUGGGCGUUUACAUGGGGACACUGGGGGCCAAAAAGAUACUACUACCUUCAACACAAGCGUGGUGUUGGGGGGAUAAAUGCGUUAUGAGUUGUGCGGCGUUUCAACCUGCUGCUAUGAGGCUGUUUAUGUACUCUGAAAACAAUGAUAUCCACGAGCUGUAGCUGUAGCUCCUGUUUGCCAAUAAAUGUUCGUAGCGUGAUUCGCUCAGCGGCCCAUGCAUGUAGCUGUGAAGAAGGGAGCGCCUCGACCGUUCGACGAUCGGAGAACUCGAAGGUCCCUGAAGAUGUGACGUACCCG